AUGGCUCCGUGGCCUCAUGGGAAUAGCUCUCUGGCCUUGUGGCCAGACGCCCCCACCCUGGCACCCAAUGCCGCCAAUACGAGUGGGCUGCCAGGAGUGCCGUGGGCGGCGGCAUUGGCAGGAGUGCUGUUGGCACUGGCAGUGCUGGCGACCGUGGGAGGCAACUUGCUGGUGAUCGUGGCCAUCGCCCGGACGCCAAGACUCCAGACCAUAACCAACGUGUUCGUGACUUCUCUCGCCACAGCCGACCUGGUGGUGGGGCUGCUAGUAGUGCCCCCGGGGGCCAUUUUGGCGCUUACUGGUCACUGGCCCCUAGGCGCCACUGUUUGCGAGCUGUGGACCUCUGUGGAUGUGCUGUGCGUGACGGCCAGCAUCGAAACCCUGUGCGCCCUGGCCGUGGACCGCUAUCUGGCUGUGACCAACCCGCUGCGUUAUGGCGCACUGGUCACCAAGCGCCGAGCCCGGGCGGCCGUGGUCCUAGUGUGGGUCGUGUCCGUCGCAGUGUCAUUUGCGCCUAUCAUGAGCCAGUGGUGGCGCGUGGGGGUCGACGCCGAGGCGCAGCGUUGCCACUCCAAUCCGCGCUGCUGCGCCUUCGCCUCCAACAUGCCCUACGCACUGCUCUCCUCCUUAGUCUCCUUCUACCUUCCGCUUCUUGUUAUGCUCUUCGUCUACGCUCGAGUUUACAUCGUGGCGACGCGCCAAUUGCUCUUGCUGCGCCGGGAACUGGGCCGCUUCCCACCAGAAGACUCCCCGCCUGCUCUGUCUCCCUCUCGUCCCCCAGCUCCGGUAGGACAGUGCGCUUCACCCGCAGGAGUGCGUUCCUGCGGCCGGCGGCCCACGCGCCUUCUACCUCUUGGGGAACACCGGGCCCUGCGCACCUUGGGUCUCAUCAUGGGCACCUUCACUCUCUGCUGGUUGCCCUUCUUUGUGGCCAAUGUGGUGCGCGCCGUCGGGGGCCCUUCUUUGGUUCCCAGCCCGGUUUUCCUCGCCCUCAACUGGCUGGGCUAUGCUAACUCAGCCUUCAACCCGCUCAUCUACUGCCGCAGCCCGGACUUUCGCAGCGCCUUCCGCCGAUUGCUGUGCCGCUGCGGUCGCUGCCGGCGGGUGGAGCCUCGCGCAGUUCCCUCCUGGGCCCGCGACCCCUCUGGUAUCCCUGCGGCCCUGACCAGCCCCGCGGAAUCUAGGCAGUGCCCACCACUCGGCCGGUAG